CCACCAUAAUUACCUAGUAUUCGACCCAUCUGGCCUCAUCAAUCACACUUUUGUGCUCUUCUCUAUUCUUCAUCGCAAACGGUAUAUCUCUACAAUCUUUACAUUCAUUGUAAUCAUUGUAUACUUCCCAUUCACAAUAUAUAUUUGGUCUCUCAUUUUCAAGUUUGAUUGAGGUCAGCUCAUUCGCGAAAGUGUUAUCGCGGCGCAUUCAAUUUGUGAUUGCCAAUCAGAGCAGAUUGAAAACCUAAUUGCAGAAGCCCUUCAAAUAAUAAGACCUGUCUAAGUCUCUACACUUUCGAUUUACCUCAAUCUCAGCCUCCCAGUCAUAAAAUUCAAGAGCAAUCGCAAAAAUGCGCAUUUCAACCGUUUCCAUCCUGGCUCUUCCCCUCCUAGCCGGAGCCCAGGAAUCUCCCCUCGAGCAAGCCAAAGCUCAAGCCCAACAUUGGUUUAGCAAGCUUCAAUCCUAUAUCCCAUCAGCCUCAUCCGAAUCUCCCCUCGAAGCCGCCGCUGCAAAAGUAGGCGAAGCGAAAAUCCACCACCUAACCCUCGACUCCUGGCAAGAAACCAUCCGCGGGAGCGUCACCCCAGAAUCCUCGCUGCCUCAAGAAUGGUGGGUUUUAACCACCGGCGGAAAUAAAACCUGUUAUGGUCUCUGCGGUAAAGUCGAAAAGGGAUUUAAUGAAUCUGCCGCUAUCUUCUCUCUCGAUCCUACGGCGCCUCAUAUGGCUCUCUUGAAUUGUGACGAGCAACCCGUUCUAUGUAAUUCGUGGGGAGCAGGACCACCACAUUUAUGGACCAUGGAGGUUGGGGCUGUGGGCUCACCAGUUCCUAUUAUCACCAUUCCAUUGAAUACUACUUCAACAACCGUUACAACAUUCACGGAUUUACAUGCGACAAAGUCAUACAAGAAGAAGGCACCUUAUGAGGGUUGGUUCCAUCCUUUUGAUGGACAGCUCGCGCAAUAUGGUGCCGCAGUUCCAGUUGGAUACGUACUUUGGUUCUUCGCCAUUGUUCCCAGCUGGAUGUUCAUGAUUGGUAUUUCAUUCAUGAGCAGAACCGUCAUGUAAGUUUUUCCGCAUCGAAGCUAUAUACUUUCAAUGAAGUGGCUGACAAUAAAUCUAGGAGCAAGCGAACUCUUGGCCCGCAAGGACCAGCAGCUGCUGGAGCUCGUCCACGCGCCGCCCCGGCUGGAGACGGAGUUACUUAUUAAGAAAUUUAUGUCAGAAACAAACAUUUGGAGAGACUGCAGAGGAGGAUCUAAUUCUUAGAUACAAUGCAUUUUCUCAAUCGUUAGUGGGCGAAAUACAAUUUAUGUAACUUAUCUGGACAAAUUUAAUGAAUUGGGAAAUGGGUAUCAUAUAUAACAUAAUAUUCCGCCUCUUAACUCCGGGACAUCUCAUCUAUGCCAUG